CCGCUGGCCCCAAGACCAGAGCACGGCUUUGCGCCGGCGCUCUUGGGUGCAGAAGGAGGGAUCAUGGGUCAUGAAGGGAGAGCGAGGCCAUCGUAGUCAAAAAGGUCUGGGUGCCUUGUACAAGAGUUCAGUCCACCAUCGGACACCAACAGUUUUCCUAUCAAGCGAGCUGGAUAAUGUAUUUUCCCAUGGCUUUGUCAACAUCAUUCCAGUACUACUCUCGGUUCGGACAAUGCAAUUUUCUGGACAUUGACGAAGACGAGCUGGACACUUCGAGUCUUACUACGCGGACUGUCAAAUCUGGUGCACGAGAGACUCUGAUCAAUCAGCACAGAUGGGCGGCACCGUCGUUCAACACCAACAUCAAUGCGACUACCCUCUUGGCGAAUAUCAGCCGUUUAGCGCCAGCGCUCACCAAAGAGUUCAUUCCCAAGGACCAUCUGGAGGCCACUUUCCCCUUCCGAUUGAUCAACGACGUCGAGUUCCGCGGCGAGGAACAGAGUUACAUCGCACUCAGCUACUGCAGGAAAUCAUUCACCCUGAAUGCACCAAGGAGAGUCGUUACACCGGUUGGAGAUCUUCCUUUUGGAUGGCAGAAGGAAAUCGAACAGUUCCCGCUACCGACUGGUGCCGCGUUAUUUGAGGCUGUCAUUAGAGAAAAGAACAAGGGCGAAGGAUUAUGGUUCGAUCAAGUUUGCCUUGAACAAGAGGAUGAGAGCGAGAGGACAGGGGUUGCUGGUGCUAUUGAUGUCGUUUACAAGAACGCAAGGGCUGUUGUCGUAGCACUGGACGACAUCGCCAUCACACCAGACGAGGAACAGUUCCUACGCUACUACGUCGAACAAUACAGCUACUCUCAAGUGCCUUCCGGCCAGCAACCAAAUGCAGGACUUACUCCGCCUCUCAUGGAACAAUUCAGCCCCCUCAGGACUUUUCUCGAACGACUACUCAGCUCGGAGUGGUUUGACCGCGCAUGGUGCGCCCACGAGAUGAAGAUGGGCCGAAGCCAUGUCUUCCUGGUUCCUUGCUUACGGCACUAUGAGGACGAGGUCCAGACCAUCAUAAGGUUCACAGGAGAAUUCUUCACCCACUUACUGGUUCUUGCCAGUGAGCUCACUGCCUUCGCGCAACCGGUUUCGAUGAAGAUCCGCUCACUUUUGGCAUUCUUUCAAGAGCUCGACACAUUGAGUUCGCAUGGCCAAGGCACAUUACAAAGACCGGACACUCCGCAUGAUCAAUCUUCAACGAUGCAAUCGUUUACGUCAUUGGUCGUGGAGACUUUUCGUAUGAGAGCCGGUGGCAAUCCACGAUUACCCGAGUACAUGCGGAGGCUUGACGCAAACCGGGACAAAACCGCUAUCGCUUUGAACGCUUCGGGCCUGCCUCUAGCACUGGCUCCUCCAGGUCCAUUUUCAAGACCAAACAUCGAAGACGAAUGCCUUCGGUCACUACUACUCGUCGGCAUCGCGGCACGAGACCCGGUUGCACUUUGCACGACUGGCACACCACUUCAACUCCACGACGGGUCAGUCUCAUGGUUGUGCCGUCCAACCUCCCUGGACACCAAUGCAGCCCGGCCCCCACCUCCACGCUUCUCAAGCCAAGCAGGUCAGAUUGUUCAAGCCUCGGACGGCAGAGCCGAGUAUGCGCAGCUAGAUCUCAUUUUCCUCGAUCUACCACAUCGAACACAACCCAGCCCCUCUUUUCCCGCACAUGUUGUGCGAGCGCGUACAAUCAUCGAUCUCUGUGUUCAAUACCAGAUACCAGGAACAGGAUUGUGGAACUUCUCACAUGCACCCCACCAUCCACGAACACCAGCUUUACGCAACAUCUUCAUUCAAACACUGGCCUGCGUACUGAGCUGCGGCUCGCAAUGGCUACUAGAAGUCUCGACUAGCCUACAAGAGCCAAACGAACCCCGACUGGAGCCAUACAACAUCGAGAUGCUGCUGAACCCUCAUCUCAUCUUACAGAACUACGUGCUUCUUACCGAAGGCCGAACAGUCUUCUCAUCGCUCGUCCACUUCCUCUCUAAACUAAUCACCUCGGGUAUUCCCUGGCCAUCAGGCGCAUCAGAGCGCACACACGGCCCCUUAAUCAUCUCUGCGCCCUUUUCACCUUCAUCGACAUACGACUACACUGGCGCAUCACUAUCAAGCGGAAAAGCCAUCAUAUUCGCUCCCUUCGAACACUCAAAGACGCUUCUUAUCGCCGUCCCCGAAGUCGUCAAGGGAACCGAGUACUCCCCGUUAGCCCGCGGUUGGAUUCUGACCAGUAUGAACCCGUUCACUGGCAGCCCCAAACCGACAGUCAGCUGGACACUACAGUCCAAAGGCGCCAUCUUUGGAGACAUCAACUUUGCUACGAGAUUAGCAGCCAGUGGCGCUGUGGAUGUCAGGAAUCACAGGGUUUACGGUCCUUUGCGUCGCUAACAUGUUUGCGCUGUAACACAUCUUUUUCUUUUUCUUUCGGCGUUUUAUUGGGGAAUUGGUUUUGGGCUAUACCUCGGAUAGACUGGAUAGAUGGAUGGGAUGGCUUGAUGACACCUUAGAUUGAUGUGAUAGAUAGACCUUUUUUGGGCGUGAGCCUCUAGAUUGAUGUGCCGCGGUAUAUCG